AUGUCGUUCUUCUUUGGCCGUCGCCAUUCCAUCUCCCAACAAACACCUCCCGAAGGCGAUGGUCUGCCCCAACACGAACGAUGCAGACGAGCGUCCGUGCCGAACAUAUCCGUAUCCGACCGCAGCAACCCCACCGCCCACACCAGAGGCGUCAUCCAUGAAAUCUUCCACAAACACCGGCCCGAGUCCGACUCCCACGCCGCGGCUGCCUUCCAGCCGCCGGAACCGCCCUCGGGGUCUGCUCAGCCCCCGCACGAAAAGUCCGACUCCCACGCGCGCCAUGACAGCGGCAGCCACGACUCGACGGACGAGCAUCGCGAGAAACCCAUCCGCUCCCACCGACCCCACCACGAGCCGGAGCCGUCGCCCCAGAACCAGCUGACGAAAAGGGAUGUCGAGACCAUCUUCUCGGGGGCCCCCUACUUCCUGCUCGAGAAAGGUAAGCAUGGCCUCUGGUACCCGCAGAUCAUCUUCCCGUUCGACGACCACGAGCCUACCAUCCAGAGCCUGGGCGACCGGCGACCGCUGCCCCACGCCUCAUACACCCUGUGCACGCUGCAUGCCCAUCUGCCCGUGCCAGAUGACUGGGUCGUGGAAGGAGAGCUGCCGGUGCAUCUGGGCUCCUGGAAACGGGCGGACGCCCCCAAGCGCGCGACGUUCGAUGUCGGCGUGCUGGAAGUGCCCAAUAUGCUGUCCAUCAACGGCAAGGACCCCGGGACCAUCGGGUUUCGCCAUUUCCUCGAGCUCCCCGUCGCGGACGCGGCUUUGUACAUCGCCCCCGAGAAGGCGAGGCCGUGUUCGGACCUCCAGCACCUGUCAACUCUGCCGGCGACCGAGGUGUACGAGCUGAUGGGCCACUACAAUGACCCGUACGCACAGUGCUCGGAUGGCACUAUCCACGAUCGGAAGAAAAUGCUGUGUGAGGGGCCGGGGGCCUGGAAGCGGAUCGGGGUUCGAGACGUGGAUCUCCGCACCCUCGUGGAGCGUCUCCAGAAGCUGAAGGACCUCCGCUACGAGAUCCUGCACGGGGACGUGCCCAAAACCCUCCUGGACACGGAAUCGAUUCGCGAGCUGUACAAUGGACUGUUCAAUCGAUUUCUCUAUCCUCCCGUGCGGUUUCUGCUGCUGGAUGCGCACGACCCCCACUGUCUGAAGGCCCAGAUCAAGGCCUUGACGGUCGUGCUGUCCACUCCCGGCGCGUGGUUGGACUUCAGUAUGAUCGACUGGCGGCUGCACAUCGGACAGCUCCUGUGGGAGAGCCCUCCUCACGUGGACGGUGAUUUCCUCGAUCCGUCCAAAUCCGAGAAGCCCCGGCUCCAAGCCACUCUGGAGCGGAAGUGGUUCCUCGUCCAGAUGGUGCUGGCCGCGGAGCUGCUGCUCCGUCUGGAUGCGACCGUGCGCGUGGGGAUGUUGCAGAACUCGCGGGAGAUCGACGUGUCCAUCCGUGAUGUGUAUGACUUCGAUCGGCUGCGGAGUGGGAAGCUGAACUGGGACUUGGUCGCGGUGCGGCGUUUCAUGGACAGCUUCACCUUUACCUACGAUCCAGUGGAGCCUGGCUGUCCUCCGACAUCCCCCAGCAAGCUGGAGGAUCGGCACCAUCAUCGCUCGUUCCUUGAAACCCUCACCCAUCAUCGGUCGCCCUCGCCCUCGGCGCAUCACAACGAGUCGGCGUGGAAAUGCCAUCUCGUGCCCAACCAUGUGGACCAGCAGCUGAAAGGGUUGUUCGUGUUUGCAGACAGCCUAGGGUGGCCCCGGAUGGAUGAGCUCAAGACCGCGCUGCGUUCGAGGCUGGAGGGCCCGGGAUCGGAGCAGACGAUCCGAGAGGCCUACACGACGCCUGUGCGCAAUACCCUUCCGACUGGGUAUACAGCGCCGGAGUUGCGCAAGGAAAUGUAUGGCCGGUCCCUGUCGCGUCGGCUGUUGCUUCUGCGCCCGCGCGACCGCACGCAGCCGCUGGACAUCGGGGGCUGGGUGACGCGCACUUGGCUCGCCGGGUUUGUGAUUCCGGGCGAGUCCAUCAGCCACUUGCUCAUGGCGACGCUGCUGGAAAACGAUGCGGAUGCGAUGGCCGUCCUCGGACCGGUCGUCAACCUCUACGGCGGGUUUGCGUACAACGGGAAAACCUGGUGGAGUAAGAAGGGCAUCGUUGGACGCGUGCUGGCCAGCAAGGAGGGCACCAAAGUGUGUCUCGCGUGGCUCGGCAGUUCGGUCGUGCCGAAAGACUCGCAGACCGAGCAGCCUCUGGACAACACCUGGUUCGAGGUGAAUGUCAAGGAGCCACCCCGGCAGCCAGGCAAGCCUCGCAUCAAGCACGGCAACCGGCUGUCUUUCGAUUCGACCCCACUGGGGCUGGGGGAUCUGACGAGCGGGGCGUUCUUGAUGCCGGUGGACGGGCCCACGGAGAGCUGGUCGAAGCUGAGGAUCGACUUCGAGGACCUCGCCUUUUCGAUCGACAAGACCGGGGCGCCAGCGGAUGCGCUCAACCACCAUCUCACCGUGGCCGAGCAGGCGGUUGUCAACUUCACCCUCACGUCCGACACGGACGGGGUCGGGCCCACCACCGUCUCCUUCCCGUUGACGUACAACGUGCGAUUCGUCUCGUCCCAUGAAUGCCGGCCCCCGGGCGGGCUGAUCUCGUACCACAACAGCGCCAGCGCCACCGACAGCGGGCGGUCCUCGUCGACGUCCAGCUACGUCUCGCACCGCCACCACCGUCUCCCCGGCCACCCGCUGCACCGAUCGUACGGCUACCAGUGGGUCCCGCUGGAGACGCUGGCCGAUUCCCGCGCCCCCGCGGACGGCAACAACGGCGGGCUCCCCAAGGGCGACAUCCUGGUCCUGGACGCGCGGAGCUCCCACGACAAGGAAACCUUCGCGCGGGCGUGGUGUGCGUCCGUGGGCCACCACGCCAUCGUCGGCAAGGUCGGACGGACUUGCCUGGCGUGUUGCAUCCGGGAAGCCCGCGCGCUGCAGGUCAAGGUGGUUAUCCGCAUUGGCGAGGGGUUUUCGACGCCGGCUUCGUCGGUGCAUGUGCUGUAUGGGGGGGAGUAG